AUGGCUCCCAACUUAGACGGCUUCUUCAAGCAGGUGGACACCUCCGCCGACCACUUUAUCGAGCGCCUGAGAAAUGCCGUGGCCAUCCCUUCCAUCUCAGCUGAAGAUGCCCGCCGACCUGAUGUUAUUCGCAUGGGCCACUGGCUAGCUGCUGAGCUCAAGAGCCUCGGCGCCGAAGCUGAGCUUCGUGAGCUGGGCAAGCAGCCCCACAAGGAGCAUCUGGAGCUCCCUCCUGUCGUCCUUGCUCGCUACGGAAACGAUAAGAACAAGCGAACUAUCCUCGUAUAUGGCCACUACGAUGUUCAGCCAGCCGAGCUCUCCGAUGGCUGGGCUACGGAGCCAUUCGAUCUCACUGUUGACGAGAAGGGCCGGAUGUUCGGACGUGGAUCGACCGACGACAAGGGACCUGUGCUGGGCUGGCUGAAUGCCAUCGAGGCGCACCAAAAGGCCGGCGUCGACUUCCCCGUCAAUCUCCUCAUGUGCUUUGAGGGCAUGGAGGAGUAUGGCUCAGAGGGUCUGGAUGACUUGAUCAAGGCCGAAGCCAAGAACUACUUUGCCGACGCAGAUGCUGUCUGUAUCUCCGACAACUACUGGCUGGGAACUGAGAAGCCUUGCCUGACCUACGGUCUCCGUGGCUGCAACUACUACUCAGUUGAGAUCUCAGGACCUGGUGCCGAUCUUCACAGUGGUGUAUUUGGUGGUACAGCCCAGGAGCCCAUGACUGACCUGGUUCGUGUGCUGGGAUCCCUGGUAGACACUGAUGGCAAGAUCCAAAUUCCUGGAAUCAUGGAACAGGUCGCAGCUGUCACGGCGGACGAGGAGAGUCUAUAUGACGGCAUUGCUUUCACCAUGGACAACAUCUACGAAUCCCUCGGUAGCAAGACCACGAUCUUUGAUGAUAAGAAGCCCACCCUCAUGGCUCGCUGGCGGUAUCCUUCCCUCUCCAUCCACGGUGUUGAGGGUGCCUUCUCAGCUCCAGGAGCCAAGACAGUCAUUCCCGCCAAGGUUAUUGGCAAGUUUUCUAUCCGAACUGUCCCUGAUAUGGACGUCGACACGACCAACGCGGCUGUGGAAAAGUACGUGAAGGCUGAAUUCGCCAAACUGAAGAGCAAGAACACACUGAGUGUGUAUCCUCAGCACACUGGAAAGUGGUGGGUGGCAUCACCAAAGCACUGGAACUUCUCGGCAGCCGCCAAGGCUGUAGAGCGCGUCUGGGGCGUCCAGCCCGAUUUCACUCGCGAGGGUGGAAGUAUUCCCGUUACCCUGACUUUCGAGGAGGCCACGGGCAAGAACGUUCUGCUGCUCCCUAUGGGAAGCUCUACGGACGGCGCCCACUCCAUCAAUGAGAAGCUGGACAAGCGCAACUACAUCGAGGGCAUCAAGCUGCUGGGUGCCUACCUACACUACGUCGCUGAAGAACCUCAGGCCUAA